AUGGGGGAGGGGGAGAAGAUCAGUGAACCACUGAGGGUCUAUUACGAGAAGAAAGUGAGAACAGAUAUUGGGGGACUACUGGUAGCCUCUACCACUAGUCUACCCUUUAGCAAAACGUUUCUGCAUGGGUGCAAAGACGGUUUGAAAGGAUUUACAUUCUCUGCACUUAGGUUCAUUGUUGGGAAGGAAGAAAUUCCCACACAUUCUUAUUCACCAGAGGCGGCAUAUGCAAAAGUGGAACAAAAGACUGAGAAACAUGAGGAAAAACCAAGAGGAACGAAUAUAAUUGCUCUAGUCAGGAAGCUUGUGGAUUCAGUAUGUAAGCAUGGACCAAGGCAUUGAUGUUGCAAACACUAUGAGGAUAAUUGCAUCUCUUAUUGCAUUAAAGUUUUCAUCAGAAUGUUUAGCAUGGGAUACUUGAUCCAGUGCUGCCUCCGGAAUUCCUCUGCAUUUAGGCAUCUGUUUACACAGCCAUUCCGGCUACUUUCUCUCUUCUACAAUAAAGAAAACUUCCAGCUCAGAGCUUUUUUGGGCUCUUUUGUUAGUAUAUACAAGGGUACUAGUUGCUUCCUGCGCUGGGUCAGAAAUCUGGAUGAUGAACUGCAUGCCAUUAUAGCUGGGUUUUUGGUGGGAAUAUCAAUGAUGUUUUAUAAAAGCACAAUUUCCAUGUAUUUAGCUUCCAGAUUGGUAGAGACAAUGUAUUUCAAAGGCAUUGAAGCAGGAAAGGUUCCCUAUUUUCCCCAUGCAGACACUAUCAUCUAUUCCAUCUCUACAGAAAUUUGCUUCCAGGCAGCUGUCAUGGAAGUUCAGACCUUGAGACCAUCUUACUGGAAGUUCCUUUUAAGGCUCACCAAAGGCAGAUUUGCUGUCAUGAACCGAAAAGUUCUUGAUGUUUUUGGUACUGGUGCAUCUAAACACUUUCAGGACUUCAUCCCUAGGUUGGAUCCAAGAUAUACAACUGUAACACCAGAAUUGCUCAUCGAGUUUCCUUGA